AUGCCAGGAAGAGAGUGGAUUCCCUAUGGUACCAUGGGUACACAACCCAAGAAGGAAACCGCCCAAACACCAUGGAUCGACAUUGCGCGAUCUCAAGCCUCCGAAGCCAUUCGCCAGACCACUUCGAUCGAUGACCCGAUUAUUCGCACUCCCUCUCACCAGAUCGACCAUCUCUCACACUUUGACCUUACUUUCGAAUUAAAUCGUGACGCCCAACGAAUCAAGCUAGAACUCGAACCAAACCACGACAUCUUGGCCGAGGAUGCUUACGUGCAGUACCUGCGCCCAGAUGGCACCCUGAGCGGGGGCGAGUAUAUCCAGCGACAUGAACACAAGGUCUUCCGUGGCCGAGCCCUAGUCGGCUCAGGAAAAGGAAGAUGGACACCCACGGGCUGGGCCAGAAUCACCAUGCGAAGGGAUGGCCCAGAGCCGCUAUUUGAAGGUGCAUUCAGCGUCGGUAAUGACAAACACCACAUCGAGCUGCAGUCCACAUAUCUGGGCAAGAAGCGCGACAUCGACAUCGACAUCGAACACCGCGUACGCGAUUAUAUGGUGGUCUAUCGAGACUCUGACAUGAUCCGUUUCCAGCACUCUGAGCUGAAGCGCUCGCUGUCUGAUGCAUCAGGCUGUUCCGCAGACAAGCUGGACUUCAAUGCCGACCUGAGCAACUCAAUCUUUCCUUUCGGAAUUGACCAACCUGAUGCCCGGUGGGGGUCGACCUCAUUGAACUCCAUGUUUGGGUUGAGCAAACGUCAAUCCGAUACAGGCGGGUUGUCCGGAAACACGGGCGGCGUGAAUCUCAAGUCGACCAUUGGCGAUUCGUCUGGAUGUCCCAAGACGAAAAAGGUCGCUCUUAUUGGAGUGGCCACGGACUGUGCGAUGACUGACUAUUUCAAGUCGACCAACUCUACACCAGAGGCCGCGGCGAAGGACUAUAUUAUCAAUAUGGUAAACACCGCUUCCAGCCUCUACGAGUCAUCUUUCAAUGUUUCUAUCGGUCUGCGAAAUCUCACCGUGAACAGCUACGAGUGCCCGACCACCGCCAAUGAUGCCACUCCGUGGAAUGUCGAUUGUACAAGCGGCAACAUCACCUGGCGCCUGAACCAAUUUUCAAAGUGGCGCGGUGAUCACUCGGACAACAACGCCUACUGGACCCUCUUGACCGGCUGCCCUACGGGCUCUGAAGUCGGUGUUGCCUGGCUGGGUCGGCUGUGCACAUCCGGUGUUACGAGCGAUGGCUCAAACUCCGUAUCAGGAGCCAAUGUCGUUGUUGGCAACCAGGGGUCAACGUGGCAGAUUUUUGCGCAUGAGACGGGCCAUACGUUCGGUGCGGUGCACGACUGCGACUCCCAAACCUGUGCGCAGGGCUUGGCAGCUUCCUCUCAAUGCUGUCCGCUGACUUUAUCGACCUGUAACGCCAAUGCCAAGUAUAUUAUGAAUCCGUACGCAGAGUCCGAUAUGACCACCUUCUCGCCAUGCACAAUCGGCAACAUCUGCUCCGCCAUCGGUCGCAACAGCAUCCAGUCAUCAUGUCUUUCUGAUAACAAGGGUGUCGUGACAAUCACUGGCAGCCAAUGUGGCAAUGGUAUCGUCGAAGCCGGUGAAGACUGCGACUGUGGUGGAACGGAAGGGAACAGCGCCGUUUGCGAUGACUCCAAUGACAGCUGCUGUACCAGCUGCCAAUUUGCUUCCGCAGAUACCGUCUGCCGCGCGAGCAUUGGCCAAUGUGAUAUCGCAGAGAAGUGUACUGGAAAUUCCAGCUCCUGCCCCAAUGACCAGUAUGAGAAAGACGGCACCUCCUGCGGCUCCUCCAAGGGGCUUGCCUGCGCCAGUGGCCAAUGUACCAGCCGAGACUAUCAAUGCCGCACAGUUUUGGGAAGUCUGCUGAACAGUAACGACACCUGGGCCUGCGAGAACACCAUGGAACCAUCCUGCACCCUUGUCUGCGGCGCUCCCGAAGUAGCCCAAGAGUAUGGCAGUACGACCUGUAUUAAGAUGAACCAGAACUACCUAGACGGUACACCGUGCGACUCAGGCGGCACGUGCAAAGCAGGCCAGUGCAGGGGCUCAUCAGCGCUCGGCUGGAUCCGUCAGCACAAGAACAUUGUGAUUGGCGUCUGCGUUGGCGUCGGCAGCUUAAUCAUUCUCGCUCUACUGUUCUGUCUGAUCAACCGGUGCAAAGCGGCCAGAAACAGGCGCCGUAUCGCGAAAGCUCCGCCGUAUAAUGCUUACCGAGGACCUAUGCCCGGCCCUAGGCCUCCUCCUAUGCAGCAGUGGCCCGGGUAUUCCCAUGGCGGAUACCCCAAUGUACCACCGCCGCAACCACCGCGUUAUGCGUGA